AUGCGUUUCCUCAUCGCUUUCUGCCUGAUUGGUGCCGCCUGCGCCCAGUACAACUAUGGAGCCGGAGUUGGUGCCGCCUCCGACAAUGUUCCCAGCUUCGCUGGUGGCGUCGGUGGAGGAGCCGGUGACUACGACGCAGCUGGCAGCAGCCCAGGAAGCAGCUACACGCCCUCCGCCGAGCUGAACAAGGAGUUCUACACCUUCGAGGCUGAUGAGAGCCAGUUCGAUGAUCCUCUGGCCGACCAGAAGAUCGCCGGUUCUGUUAGCAAGGGUCUGCGCGUUGUCUUCAUCAAGGGACCCGAGAACCGUGGCCUGGAGAACGCCGCCCUGGCUCUGGCCAAGCAGGCUGCCGAGCAGAAGACCGCCAUCUAUGUCCUGAACAAGCAGACCGACAUCGGAGAUCUUGCCCAGAAGUUCAACGCCGCCCGCCAGAACUCCAACCAGCGCCCUGAGGUGCACUUCGUCAAGUACCGUACUCCCGAGGACGCUGCCAAUGCCCAGCGUGCCAUCCAGUCGCAGUACGACAACCUGGGCGGCUCCAGCCAGAACAUCCACGGAGGUGUGGCCAACGCCAUCAACUUCGCUUCCGCUGCCCCGGCGGCACCCGCCCGUUACGGUCCCAACUACUCGGCGCCCGCUGCUGCCACCAGCAACGCGUACCUGCCCGCAAACAUCCUGCGCCGUCUGCGCAUCCGCUAA